AUGCGUCCAACACUCAUCAGACAGGCAUUCCCCAAGUUCCCCGGUCUCAAUCGCCGCAACAACGUGCCCAAGUGGCAGGAGAUUCACCAGGCCCACGAUGGCGUAAGGCAAUGGAACAAGGGCCCGAACGCCAAGUACAUGCUCUACCCGUACUACGGCGUUUUGAUUGCGACUACCGCUGCCACUCAGUACAUGAUGAUCCGCAUGGUCUUUGGACACAAGACCCCCUUCGGUUCGGACUAG